ACGAGGUGUCAGUUGGCUUUAAACAUCAAAAUUUAAAUAUGGCGUCGGCAAUGGAAAUUGAUGAUGAAGAAAACGAUUUACCAACUUCGAGUAGUAGUAAAGGAGAGAAAAAACGUUUUGAAGUAAAAAAGUGGAAUGCUGUGGCUCUUUGGGCAUGGGAUAUUGUAGUAGAUAAUUGCGCAAUCUGUCGUAAUCAUAUAAUGGACUUAUGUAUUGAAUGUCAAGCAAAUCAAGCAUCAGCCACCAGUGAGGAAUGUACUGUAGCUUGGGGUGUAUGCAAUCAUGCAUUCCAUUUCCAUUGCAUCUCGCGUUGGUUGAAGACUCGACAAGUUUGUCCACUAGACAAUCGAGAGUGGGAGUUCCAGAAAUACGGUCAUUAGCGGAAUGCGUCCAGCUGCCGCAGAUAUCAGAACCAUCCAGAAUGUCAAAGCCGACGCAAGUUUAACUAUGUGUGAAUAAAAGACAAAAAAAAACCAAUUUGUUCUUACAUGGAUACAAACACAUCAGUAUCAUGUUUGUAAGUGUUGUAGCAGCCAUUCGGGAAUGAAGAAUAAAAAAAUCGGCUUCAGAACACAAAGUGUUAAGGAUAUUAUUGCCCGAGCAUUAUCGCGUUUAUGUUGCUACAUGUAUUGAGUUGGAAGAACAGGUACUAAACCCAACUUACUCAAAGUUUCUUAUUCUGUCGGUUAUGCAUUAUAUGACAAUGUAACUUUUAGUCUUAAGGGCUCAAAUAAACAAAGAUUAUAAAAUA